AUACAACAGGGCUUUUCUCAGCAGUGCAGCCCAGGCCUCUUAAAGGAGUGUCAUGGACAUGGUGACCUAUUGCAGACUAAUCCACUGCCUGUCCCAGGAGAAGGAAGGCUCCUUAGUAGACUGGUUCUGUGUCCUUUUUUCUUUCCUGAGAAGACUUCUCAUUGUGCUGCCUUAGAACACAAUCAAUUUUAUUGUGUUGGGGUAGGGAGGAGUUGGCACUUUCCUUGUAAAAGCCCUCCCAGUGGUGACAUGGCCUUAGAGAAAAGAGGGUCAUCUUGUUCCCUAAAAUGAUUUGGCUGAUUUGACUUGGGACAGGAAUUAUUUUUAAGGAAGAAGUGAAGUGUCUAGCUUCCAAGGCAGGUCCUGAGCCCUAGUUUGAUUCUCUGCACAGGCUCUUGUUCUUUGUCCUGUAGGAUAGAAAAGCUAUAGGCCUGUGUGUAGGAACCAGCAGCUGCAGUGUUCCUGAGGUGGUGAGGGGAGUGUGCAAAGGGCCACCUUCAGUUAAAUGUCAAUCGGGGUUUGCCUUGCUCAAAAGGUGACUUCUGGUUGGGCUAAAUGCCCCUGUUUCAAAAGGCAUUAGAUGCAUCUAAUUUUAACUAAAAACCUUUGCCUCAGCCCCUGUGGACAGUGCUCUAAUCAGGCUAGUGCAGUCUUCCCUAAUCAAGCACCUUUUCCGUGACGCUGUGGGCUAUACAAUGUGGGGGGAAGUUGACCAUCGUAUAUGUGUGCUGUUGCCUCUCUCAAUGGAGCAAGUCACUUGGUGAAGCCAGCUGUGGCUGGGUAUCUGCUGCAGAGUCCUAGUUGGUGCUAUACCUCUGCAGCCUUCCCCAAAGAUGAUCUUAGGUGGCUUCUGAAGGGGUGAAAGUGUCUCCCUUUCUUUGUCACCUCCAGCUUAAAACAAGGGUGCAGGGAAGAGCAGGGGGUAAUUGCUUCAGUAAAACAAACUGGAAAACCCCCAGUGCUGGCACUUCUCAGACCCUGGGGUAAACUUUGAAGUCACUACUGUCUGGCCCUUUCCUGCUGCAUGUAGUUGAGCUGCCUGGGUAAGGGGCUCUCCCUUUCUCUGACUUGUAGAAUUAGAAAAGGUAAUGUUGCAAGCAUGAUAAUGGAGAGAAGGGAGGUUGGUGCCACCGUGUGGCUGUAGAUAGGACUUGUUUCAGUAAGCUUUCCUGGAGACAGACCUGCCUUUUAAAUGCCAUGGGUAGCAAUUACUUCUCCUUUCCAGGCAAGAGUAAUUUAGUAACUUGCUCUCACUCCACGCAGUGCUCUAGUUGAUUACAACUGUCAAAGCACAGGGGCCCUGGGAAAGCAUUAGUGGAGCAAUCAAAGUCAGGUUGCUGCCACUUUAUCCCAAAGCAAUAACCAUGUCCAGGGUAAGCGAAAGGAUCAGCCCCUUCUCAAGCCAGAAAGAUUAUAGCUCUGAAACACAUUGAUAUCACACUACUUUGUCUCUGCUGUCCCUUAGCCUAAUUCUCCUCCUUGUAGGCAGCUGCUGCUAGCUGUAGCUGUGUAACUUUGAGCCCCCAUCAGCAUCUUUAUUAGAUUUGUUCCAUGAAGUCCCAGAACACAGGGGCUCCUUGCUCCUGCACUUGCCUGUCCCAUGUCAGGUUUUCGCAAGCUAACACCUAAAUUAGGAGCUAGCGGACAGAUUUUAGGUGGGAUAAUUUCUCAGUGUUAGUUCAUGAUUUAGCUGGCAACUAAGGGUGUGCCCCCAAGACUGCACACAUGCAAUUUGCAGCACUGCAAACCUCACAUGCUGCACAUGCAUGCAUUCGCCACACUGCUAAUCAGUAGCUCAGCAGGGUUUUUUGACACUGGGAAAUCCCAGUGACAAAAAAUACACCAAAAAAAGCACCACAGCAUACAUGGCUGUGGCAUACGCAACUCAAAACCAAAGCCUGGCUGCCUGCCAGGUUCCACGUGCCCAGAUCACUGCCACUGAAGCCCCAAGAGGCCCCCAGGUAAGGCUGCUGGGCUAACCCAGGUGUUGGCCCCAGCUUCCCCUACCCUACCUGGAGCAAUUUGCCAUGUGCCAUAGUGCAUGUGCAGGGGCAUACCUGGGGACAACUACUGGCAGCACAAAUACAUGCUGCUGCUACUUGUCCCCAGGCAAAUGCACAUUCUCACUUGUGGGAUGCACCCUAAGUGUCCAUUUAGAACCAGUCCCUUCCAGUUAGACACAGAAAGUGCAACCUUCUUUUGCUUGUACCACCAAAAAGUUAAGGUGGCCCUAAAGACAAGAGACAGGGCAGGCCUGUCUCUACUUGAGAGGGGUUGAGCAGCUUUCUCUGUUCAACGUGAUCGCUGCCCUUUGAAUCAGUAGACAGGUGACUUUUAGUCAAGGGGCCUAUAUCCUAAUGUGGAAGCACUUUUAUGGUCGACCCUCCAGCACCUCUAAGAGAUCAGAGCAGAGGUACUAGCUCUGUUCACCUAGAAGCCAUCCUCCUAAUUGUUCAACCAAGAAGAGCAGUAAAGCUGAGGAAAACAAACCCAUGGGAUUUCUUAAGUGUUUGUUUCCCUCAGGAUGCAUCUAUACUAGUGUCAAAGGGGAGUGGGGGGUUGCAAGCUUUGCGAUGCCUGGUUUUAAAGGGUCAUGAUGGUCCUUAAUGAAGACAAGACUGUGGUGUCCUGUGUGUAAGAUAAAGAAGAGUAAAAGUCUGGUGAGGGAUGAGGAGUAGUGAGCCCAGAGCUGAGUGGCUGGAGGUCAGCUCCUGCAGAGCUCCAUAUUCAAAGUGGGACUGAUGAAGCUCUUGGGUGUAAGGCAAGGAGUGGAAAUGGCCAAGGUGAGUCUGCUGUACAGGCUGCCAGAGCUGUGCAAACAGGAAGCAAUGCCUGACCUGAUCUCUCAUUAGCUUACAGGUGGAAUCUAGGCCUCUUACAUGACUUCUUGGCUGAGCUGGGGGUUGAGCUGGUGUUUAUGCAACCAGCUGAAUCAUGACAUCUUUGGAGAUAUUAGCUUAAUACUUAUCCUGUGGAAAGUAUUUUGUGGCUCAGGUGGGUUACAAGCUGCUUGCCUUUUAGGAUGCUGGAUUGAAUCCAGAUCCUGCCAUAAAUGGCCCUCGGAGCUUGCUUUGCAUUUCAGCAGAGAAGAUUUUGGAAGUGUGUGAAGGAAAAAUAGCAGGGGCAUAAGAAGGCCCAAGCAGCAUUGUCAUGGUGCAUAAAGGUGGAGCGCUGCUGGGCAGGGAGGGUGCUUUACAUGCCUUUGCUAUCUAAACCUGCUGGGGGGCUUUUGGCUGACUGCUGCAUGGGAAUCGGGAAGUAGUUGAGGGAUGAGGCUGGUGGUAUUCUAUGGCGGGGGGGUCCAACCUGUGGCCUUAUUUGAUCCUCCUUACGAUGCUGUCAGACCAGGUGAUGCUCAACUUCCCAGCGAGGCCGGCUCUGCACAUGGGGGAUGCAUCAGCCUUGUGCAACACUUGGAACCCAUUUGCAGGGCAGAGGGGAACAGCAGCUCUUUGGGGGUCGUGUUUAUUCUGGGCCUGUGAGGCGUCUGCCACAAUAGCGUCUGUGGCAGGGGCUUGUAGUUGCUAUUGUAGUGCAAUAAUCAUGUCUCCUCGUAUCCUCCUGCUAAACCCUGCAGCAGCUGGCUCUGUGCCCAGGGCGGCUCCCCUGCAAGAGAAUCCUGCUUUUAAUCCGUUUCCACCUUCCUGGGCUCAGGCCCUGCUCCUGCAUAUACUGGCAUCCAGGCAUGAGCCACAGUUACCCUUUCUCAGUGACCCAAUCCCAGGUGAGUCUGGCCUACUGCCAUGCUUGCAGUCAAGUGCAUGUGUGUGUGUGUGCAUGUGUGUCGGCAGGAAGAGGCAUUAACGAAGUGGCACAUCUUGCUUGAUUUAUAUGGGAGGAAGAGCCACUGUUCACCCGUAGAAUGCUGCUUAGUUCGAUAGUGUCUUGUAGCAGCCUCAGAAGCCAUAGUACAAGGGGAUGCUGAGGUAAAUUGGGGUCUACAACCCACCUUGCCUUGCUCUGCUUCCUCUCUCCUGCCUCUCGCUGGCACUACCAAGGGGUGGGCAGAACAGAGACCAAAUUGGGUGUGGGGAGAAGGAAGGAGGUGCUGUUUUUGUGACUCCAUGGCACAGCAGGGCUCCAUGCUGAAGAGGCACCAAAGGUCCUGAGGAGGAAGGGGGGCCAUUACUGACUUGGAGGUGCGACACCAUCACCGCAGUGGGGAAGGAGAGGGGCUGCUGGGAGGGAGGGAGUCAGGAAAGGAGGAAAGAGUCUAGAGUCAAAGCCAUUUUCCUCCAGGGACAGGUGUGCUGCCCCACAAGCUGUGAUGUGGGGAGGCUCUCUGUGAAAGCUAGGUAGUCCUGAGGCCUUAGAGCAAUGGCCGUCACUCAGCCAGGGUGCCAGGGCACCCAGAGGUGCCAUAAUGUCUUUUGCCAUGAGGUGUGAGAUAUGCAGGUAUGAGGGUCUUAAAGGCCUUUACAGAGGGAGGGCCAAAUGCCUUGUUAACUGUUAUUGCAAAUUGAGGCACAGAGUGGGACCAUGACUUGCCCAAACUUACAAAGUGGGCCAGACACCCUUUCCCCUUAAGCCCAGGGCAGAGCUCCAUCCACUCAACAUGCCUGCCCCAUCCCAGCAAAGCAGCAGGGCACUGCCUCAUCCAGCCACAGCCUCCUGAUGCAGCUGGAUCCCUGUUUACCUUGGUGCUGGUGCUCUGUGUUUGGGAGUGGGGGUGUUGAUCACAUUAAUAAGCACCCAUCUGAAAGCAUGGGCAGUCCCAGACUGUUGAAGACCGCAGGGAGCCCAUUGGAAAAGCCCUUACCCAAGUAACCGAGCUCUGAGCACUCUGUGCACUCGCCUUCAUGCCACGGGCCUGAAGGGAGGAAUGAAUCAACUGAGCUGCUCAAGAAGAUGUACGGAUGAUUUCCCUUUGGGAAUUGGGGCUCCUGGGCAAGCAGGGAGAGAGGGGAGAAGGAGUCUUUUGGUCUCUUUCCUUCAGUACAAUGUAGCUACCCUGCCUGCUUGGGUCUAGGCAGCAUUUGCACACCUGCAGUGCUGUAGGGCAGGGGUGAGCCGAGGAGCAGAGCACGGGGCAGAUGGGAGAGAUACUUCGCUCUUCCAGUGCCAUGCCCGGGGUAGGGCUGGGGACAGGUGCAGGGCGGAGGAGUUCUGCAAUGCCAUGGGACAGGUCUGGGCUGUGGAGCAGACGAUAAGGACAGGUCUGGUCAAAUACCUGGUUAACUGUUGUCAUUGCCUCCAGUGCAGUCUCCUUCCCCCUGUCUCACUCACAAAGUUUCUUUAACCCUCAUUCAUUCUUGCAAAUACUCUGCAUUUGAAUGAAGCAGGCUACUUGUUUGUUAGGUGUGUUGUAGGAAGUGCAAUCUGAGACAUGCUGACUGAAUGAUGGGGAAAUGAAACUGAGCCAACCUAUGUCUGGACUGGACUGUUUAGCCUCCUUCUGCUGACAGCAGUGUCUGAGGAGAGGAGCUAUGUGGGUCCCUGCACUGCUGGCUUUCCCACUAUGCACCAGCAAUGAGCACUGUUAAAAAUGAGGCAGUUUAUUACUGAUGGAGAACUGAUCCUGUAUGUAUGUGAGUGGAGCAUCUGAAUGGGAGACUUGGGUUGCAGAUGCUACUCAGAGCAAUGACUCUCCCAUUGCCACAUGCACAACACAGGGCAAACCCCCAUCCCACUGAGGUUUGUGGCCAAUUGCCCACCUACUCUUUAGGAGGUCAGCAAUCAGCACAUUGACCGCCCCCCCUGCAGUUCAACUGCACUGGGUGGAUCCUUUUGUAAUGAGCAUCUGCAACAAUACCAUCAUGCAGCCCAGCCAAUACAGCUUCCUUAGCUGUGUCCCUGCCCAGGCUGUGUCUGUGACAGGUCGGGGUUUUUACCCCAGCUCUACCAGUGGCCUGCUCAUUGACUUCAUGCAAGUUGCUUCUUCUUUAUGUGCCUCAGUUUCCUCAUUUGUAAAAUGGGAAUAACAACAGUGCCCUCCUUUGUCAAAUGGUUGGAAACUUACCAUUGAAGGGGCCUGUUGCAGCAGCUGGUGUGUUUAAUUCUCUAUUAGGCCUCAUGAUCACUGUGCUACUUUUUUCUGCCUGAUUGCCAAGCUAGUGCUGGGAUCUGGAGGGGUCUUUUAGCUUUGGGAGAUUAUGGUUGGGCUUGUGGGCUGCAUGGGCCAGCAUGUGUCUAGACACCACCAGUGAGUGAUCUGAGAUUAGAGCUAACACAGUAGCCAUUGUUAGUGAGUCUAUUGAACCCAAUACUCUAUUAAGAAAACAGCAAGUAGCAGGCAGGUUCCUAAACAAAUGUGGGAGCUGCAGAGCAGAGGGACUGCGUGGGACUGCUAGUAUGGGUGCUCUUCCUGCAGCGUGGGCAAAGGAAUUGGGGCUACCAGGUGGUUCCAGCUAGAGACCAGAAGCCAGAGCCUCAGCUUGGCACAUCCCAUUGACCCCACUCUGAUGCAUGUGUCCUCUUGCCUGGUCUUCUUCUGCUGGCACUGUCACUAGGACCCUGUGGGAGAAGACCCCUUUUGCAGAUGGCUUCCCUCUGUGAGGGACAGAUCCUGUUUUUGAUUUUUUGGAAGCAAACAGGGUUCCAAGAUGCAUGGGAAGAAGAAAGAAAGAAAGAAUGGAAAUUGUAGAAUUUCUUAAAACAGCUAAUUGGACCGAGGCCCGAUCAGUUUGGCCAAACUCAGCUACAUCUCAGUGCAAGGGAAAUCACAGCCAGAAGGUCACAAGGUCUGACUUUGUUUUCUGGAAACACGAUUAAACUAUUUUGUGCAUGACUAUCUCACCAUUCCCCUUACUGCAUGCACACGGCACUCACGCAGCUACGUGCACAAGGGAAGGGCCUGAGAUCCAGUUUUGUGUUUAUCAAAUGAGCUUUUUUCAGCUCUAAGGAAUGUGAAAUGGGGCCUCAUGGCAUUUCAGCUCCUGAUGAGUAUCAGUAUAAAGAGAAAGCUUGACAGCACUUUGUGUUCACCUCCCAAAUAUCCUUCUAAGAUGGAAGUUGCUCAGGAAGAACAAAUGCUGGGGUUUCUGUGGGCACCUCUGGGACCAGAUGCUUUACCAUGAUGCAUACAAAGUGUGUGAAGUCCAUGGCAAAGCUCCCAGUGACUCCUGGCAGCUUAUCCUCCUCAAGAUGUGAUGCCAUGUACGGUAAUGGUGUCAUCAUCAUUUGCACUGGGGUCACUGGCUCAGACCCAGAGGUCUCAUUUUUUCCUGCUGGGCUCAGUCCUUGGAGCAGAUGUACUUGUGGACUUCUUGGGGCUCACCAUCUAUGUCACGAUGGCCUGUGACCUCGGAAGACUGGACUUGGUAGUCAGAGUGGUCCCUUAUAGUCCUGUGUUCCUCAUUCCCCUGGAAGAAUACACUCCAGUGGUGGAUUGUUCCCAUUCUGAAAGGCAAAUUCAUUCAGGCAGGUUUCUGCUACACUGUCCAACUUGCCAAGAAUGCCAAAAAUGCAGUGUAAAACCAGAGCUGAAGCUGGUUUCCAGUGCCUCCCCACUGGCAUGCCUGGAGGGCAGAGCGACAACGUAGGAGGCCCAGAAACACAUGCAGCACAGCAAGGAAUAUCAGAAAAUAACAUGGUCCAAGGGAAGAAAAACAUCCUAUGGGGAGAAGCAGGAUCUGUGACCUAGGACCUAAACUGUGGCAAAUGCUGGUGCCUCAGUCAUUGGCAGCCUUCAGCACGGGACACACAGGGGCCUGGUUGGCAGAGGUGCUUCACACCCACUGCCCAGUUAAAGCCCAGUUUACCACUCCAGUUACAGAGCCACAAGUGCUCAGCUCCUGAGCCAACCAGGACUGGGCACCUCCUUUGUGAAUUCUGGGCCUGGGUUCUCUGUUCCUGGGUUUCUCCAUCUAUAAAGUGAAGGCUGGAUCCACCCAAGCUGCAAAUUUUGAGGCCCAUUAAUGAAAAAAAACUCCCUCAAUUUGCUUUUCAUCCUGUCUCUCUCCGUAACUGGGCAGAGGCCUAAGCACCUCUGACUUGGGGUUGUAGCUGAAUGUCGCCAUAAUGUAAGGUGUUUGGGCACAAGGGGCAGCUUGGGGCCUGCCCACCCUAACCCAGGUCAAGAGUGCUGCAUCUGAGUUCAGGGUGGGUGGUCUUCCAGGUGAAACAUUAGGCCAAGACUCAGAAAAUUUGGAAGGACCACAGACCCCCCUAUGGGAUGACUUGACCACAUGGGGCUGGGUUCUCAAGGGCUGAGUGUCUGCAAUGGACACAUUUCCCAAAGAACUCAGCUCCUGUUCAGGCAGAUCUUUUUUAGAGAUCAGUACCCAUCAUAUGGAAAUUCUGGCUGAGCUGUGGGGACCAAGUGCUUCUGAGCCUCAUUUCCCCUUCUCCGGGACGUGGGUGAUGAUAACACUGUCCUACCUCAGAGGAGCUUUGUGAAGGUAACUCCUCUGGGCCUGGUGCUCACAGGACUGAGGAUGGCACCUGUAAGGGUGACAGCAAAUCCCCUAUAAUUCACAGCACUUAAGGCUGAAGGGACUAUGAGAUUCAUCCUGUCUGGCUUCCAGUCUAACCCAGAGACCCUUAUCCUGUUGAACCAAACAAGCAGGUUCACAGCUGGGCAGGGCUCAGAUCUAGGGUCCCAGCUCCUACCUGCCUGCAGUAUCGCUAAGCCCCAACAGAGCUGGUGAGGGAUUGAGCAGCUGGGUGUCAGCUGGAACAAAGCUGCAUACACCAGCUAGGACAAGGCCUAGCCUCAGAUACUUUUGCUCCUUUGUUGCAAAUGUGAGUGGAAGGUCACAGCUCCCUGCAAGUCCAGCCCAGCUGCUAAAAGGGUAUUGUUCAUCCUCCCACUCCUACCCAGCCAAAGGGGAUGGCCUCAUACCCUAGUCUGGCUGCUCUGUUUUCAACAGGGGGGUUGAGCGCUUUGGAAGAACCAGCCUGACCUGUUUGCUAUCAGGACUGGAUCCUCCCAAGGGGGACAGGAGGUGGGAGGGAUGCAGGGUGGGGGAAAGAGGAGGGACACCAGACAACCUCGGGGUUGGGUUGUGGGGAAAGAUCCUACCCUCGUCGUCCUCUUCACACCAGUACACUGGGCAGCGGGAGAGGCAGCGUGACCUCAGAGGUGUCUGCUCCGAUUCAGAGGAAAGCUCGGGGAGAACCAGUGCUACGAUGGAGCUGCCCCUGGUGCUGCUGGUGCUGACUGGGAGCUGCCUGGUCAAGGGCCUAGAGCUCGUGCCCUACACGCCGCAGAUCACAGGCAACUCCCUGGAAGGGAAGCUCACAGCUUCCACCUUCAGCCUGGACCAGCCCAUCUGCAUCUUCGAUCAGUAUGUGAACGCCACUGAUGACAUCUGGCUAGUUGUUGCCUUCGCUAAUGCAACCUCCAGUUUAAAAAACCCAACAUCUCGCACUGACAUCCCACCUUACCAGCGGCUCUCGACUGCUCUCCAUUACAUGACCUUGAGGACUACCAUCGCCUUCUUCCCAUGUCCUAGGAGCAGCAACACAAGCGUGCUCCGAGUAGGCAGUGAUGCUUUCUGCAGGAACGACAACAGCCGGCAGCACUGCAAUGGACCCCUGCCCAACCCCGGGCCCUACAGAGUGAAGUUUCUCAUCCUGGAUUCCAAUGGCGCCAAGGCAGAGACAAGAUGGUCUGAAAGAAUCACUCUGAAGCAAGGCCACAGGUCAAGCACCAUUGACACCUGGCCAGGGAGGCGCAGCGGCACCAUGGUUGUCAUCACCGUCAUCCUUUCCAGCUUAGUCGGCAUCCUGACCAUUGCAUUCCUCUGCACAAGCGCCUAUGAGUGCUUUAAGCUCUGGCAGCGAGAGGAUCCUGUCGUGGCAGAGGAGCCGCCUGCCGGGUCCUUCAAGGGGCGGCGCUAUGAUACCCACCACAUCCCUCCAUCUCAGGCCCCACCCCAGCCCCCCAGCGACGUGCCAGGGUCCCCAGCUGCCUCUUCUUAGCCACAGCUUCCCUUGCUCCACGGUCCCCGGCUCGCUGAUGUGCACUCAGGCUCUACAUAUGGCUUCAACUUCCCUGCUGGCCCCUGACCCCAGCGCCCCCACCCUGCACCCCACUACACAGCCCCCAUUCCUGCACCCAGCCCAGCACUGUAUUCACACGCCCUGGGCUGCCAGGCCUCAAAUGGCACCAGGAAGGGAGGGGACCCCGCGCAGGCCCUCAGCUCGAGUCCUUGCCUUCCUGUUGUUGCUUCUACUGCCCUGCUUGGUCGUGGCUCUUGUAAACACACCAUGCUCCCAGCCCCUGUCAAUCAAAGGUCAGGCUCUGCUAACUCCCCAUGCCGCUCCCCAGUGCUGAGCUCAGCGUUUGGUGCCCACCAGCCCCUCUCCACAAUUUGUGGCUCACAGGAUUCAUUUGGUUCCCAGACUUAUGGAUGGGGCCAGAAUAACAACAGGAGCCUGUGGAGGGGGGUUGCCGAGGUGCAGAUGCUGGCAGGCGUCCCUGGCCAGGAUCCCGUGCCAGUGAGGCAGAUGCGGUAAGCAGCUACAGCGUCGCUGACAGGGUGAGGCCACAUGGGGACAGCACAGCACAAGGAAGCGGGGAGGCGGGAGCAGGAGAGCAUGGGCAGCUGGAUCCCCUUUCUGCAGAGCCUCCUCCCUGCACUGCUGUGGGAACCGAGGCUGCCGCCUCCGGAUAAGCAGAGGAAGCAGCCCAGCCGGGUGCUCUGGAGAAGGAGCCUCCCCUUGCCCAGGGCACAUCCCUGGGUGCUGUGCUAGCCUGGCAGUCCACCUUGUCCUGUUGAUUCUCUUUUCCAGGGGUGGUAACACUACAACAAGAGCAAAGACCCUAGGCGUGGAAAGGCCAGCAGCAAACCAAGCCCAGCCCAGUCCAGCCCAGCCUGAUCUUCCCUCUGCUAAAACCUCAAUGCUGUAUCCACAGUGUGGGGAACAGGCAAGGACUUGCUGCUCUCAGUGGCUUUUCUCUCCAUCCCAGCAUAGCAGAAGCUGCUCCAGGAGACAGGCAUGGGCCUGGGCCAGACUCCUGAAUCCAAACAGCUCUCUUUUGGCCAGUUUGAGGGAGUCUAGGCCUGGAUUCUGCCAGUGGCAUUCGUUCCUGGCUGUUUGGCCCAUGAUGACUCAAUGGUGAUCCAGCCUGUGACCUCAUCAUUCCCCUCCCUGCAAUGGCUUGCUCUUUACUCUUUACUCCCAAGCCCACAGUAUAGAACAGCAGGCUGUCCAUAAUGACUCCACCUGAGGUCAAUGUGAAACCAAGGAGAUUGGCUGGAGGCAUGGGAGGUUCCUCUGCUCCAAAAAAGGUCCUUUCCAAAGCUCUGCCUGGUUGUCUGACAUGUGACAGUUCUUCAAGGGAGCCCAGAACUGGCCCAACCAGCACAGCCAACACCAACAGGUGACUGGGGAAGAAAGUAAGCAGUAUUCCCCCUCCACAGCCUAUCCCCAUGGCUUCUAAGUCCAAGACAGUUAUCUAGGUGAGAUCUGAGCCAUCUAGCCAGGCCAAAGGCUGGGAGCAAAGCCAAAGUCUCAGUUUAAUGGCUACUGACAUUGGUUUGUCUUACCAGUGCUCUCAACUCAGUAGCCCAGUCAGGCUGUAACAGAGCUGUCCUACCAGGAGAUGAAUCAGCCCAGCAGGGGUGCAGAUUUGGGAACUCUAGGCCUCAUGUAAAGGACCAGAUACCAGUUUCCCUCCCUGGCCCCAGUAGGAAGCCAUCCUCGGGGACCAUCCAGUGGGCCAGGACUGUGAGAGGCUCAGCUUCCUGUACGUAUUGCUGGGGGAAGGGGUCAGUUUAUACAAAUGAUCUGUCCCCUGAGAAGUAAACUGUAGUAUGCAUUUUUAAAGUGCUGCAUCUCUGUUGCCCUUUCUGACCUCUGCAGCUGUCCCAAACCUUCCUGAUCAGGGAGUGUCUAGGAGGCAGAACUGCUAAGCACACACUGCAAGCACAAACUGCUACACAGCUCCAGCUCCAUCUUCAUCUUUGCCCAGCUUUGUUUAUCACCCCACCAAACAAUGUGGCCAUGGUAUAACUGCAAGAAAAUGGUGCAUUCCAGGAGCCAGAGAUGUCACGAAUGACAUUUCCCUAACAUGGCACCUUCCACCAGAAGGACUUACCAAGUGCAUUGGCAUCAACUGGGUGCAGCAGCUGUUUGAUAUACAGCAAUGCUGCACAGCCAGGAAAGGCCUCAAGCACCCAAAACUACAGAGGGGAGCCAUGAGCAGGCUAAACUGUGUAAAGACACAAGCAUCUUAGGCCAAGGAAUGUCACGGCACUUUCCUGCAGGCGGGUGGAUGUGCAAGGAGGCUGGAGGGUGAAAGAGGCUCAGAGAAAGACUGAGCUGAAGGGGAAGGGGUGGCCUGUGUCUGAGUAAGAGGCAGGGCUAGUCAGUGCUGAUGCAGACCUUGGAAUAGGAAGAAUAAGAAUUGCACACAUGCCCCAUGAAAAUGGGCGGGGGGAGAGCAAUGCAUCUCCGUGCAAGACAAAAUGUGAAAUGUCAGCCCUCACCAAUAUGAUCUCAGACAACAACAAUCCUGCUGGCUAAUGCCUUGCACUCCUGUGUGCCCUUGGCCAUGUCCCUUCCUCUCCAUUUCCCAAUCCAUAGAACAGGGACAGUGACCUGGUCUAGCUUCUAUUGAAGUUGUAACUUCUGUUGUCUUCCUAUGUUACUGUGAUUGUGAAGGGAGGGGGUGUACAGCAAGCAGUGGUUACCAGGGCAUCUGUGUCCCUGUAUCCUCAGGUGUGCAGUGUUUGUUCUUGGCUACUUUGGCUGCCAGGGGACUUCUGCAGGACCAGGGCCUAAACAAGCAGGAAAAAAUGGUAUAUUCCCUCUUACACACACAAACUGCAUGCACCUAUGUGCACACCUGCGGCAUGCUCUUAACACCCAUGCACACUGUCACACUCUAACACAGCCCAACCUUGUGGCCAUAGGUGGAGGGGAAAAAAAUAGUG